CCAAAGUCCAUUUGACGUUUUACGAAUCAUUGUUUCGUUUACGUCGGCUUGUGUUUUCUCUAUAUUAUCCAAGUGAUUUUUACGUUUAUUUCCAUAUUUUUAUCCUUUAUCAUUAUGUUCCGUAAUCAGUAUGACAGUGACGUCACUGUAUGGAGUCCCCAAGGCCGUCUCCACCAAGUGGAGUAUGCCAUGGAAGCUGUAAAACUGGGUUCUGCAACUGUUGGCUUGAAGAAUAAGCAGUAUGCUAUCCUUAUCGCUCUGAAGAGAGCCGUCAGUGAGCUGUCAGCCUAUCAGAAGAAGAUUAUAUCAAUUGAUGAUCACAUCGGCAUCUCCAUCUCGGGUUUGACCGCUGAUGCUCGGAUGUUGAGCCGUUUCAUGCGCACCGAGUGUCUGAACCACCGCUACGCGCACGACGCGCCGAUGCCUGUCGGCAGACUGAUCGGUAUGGUCGGUAACAAGAUGCAGAUCUGCACACAGAGAUACGACAAGCGUCCACUUGGUGUUGGCCUUCUUGUAGCUGGUUAUGAUGACCAAGGCCCGCACAUCUACCAGACCUGCCCCUCGGCCAACUACUUCGACUGCCGCGCCAUGGCCAUCGGAGCGCGGUCGCAGUCCGCCCGGACUUACUUGGAGAAACAUCUCAACACAUUCCCCGACUGUGACCUCAACGAGCUGGUCGCUCAUGGACUGAGGGCUUUGAGGGAUACGCUGCCUAACGAAGUCGAUCUUAACACUAAGAACGUGUCGAUAGCGAUCGUGGGCCCCAAGACGCCGCUGCGCAUCAGCGAGGAAGCAGAGCUGUCCCGCUUCCUGUCGCUGGUGGAGGGCGAGGAGCGACGCGGCGGCGCCCCCGGCGGCGCCCCCGGCGACGCCCCGCCCGCCGCGGGGGACCCCGACCGGGACCCGCAAGUGGGGGUCGCGAUGGAGACCGAGUAAGCUUUGAGGAAGUCCAAGUCGAAGAAGAAUCAGCUCCAAGAACCAGCAUCACUCGCAUAGAAUAUUGGUGGUCGGAGCUGACGCGUGUAUUGCCCUCCCUUUCUAACGCAUUUAAAGACCCGCCGUGGCCAGUGUCUGUUUCGCUCUUUGCCCUUUGAAUUUCCACACACAUAACUACGUUUUCACACUGUGUAUUAAAAGGUCAGUUAUAAUUAUAUCAAAUUAAUGAUAUUUAAAUAUUCUCACAUUAUCAGCUAUAUACCAAACAAAUCUCAUUUGAUAUGUAAAAAUGUGUUCUUAAAGUUGAGACGCGCCAAAAUGCUGUUUCGACACAUGUCAAAUCGCCGGAAGCCUCCACUAUCAUAUUUUAUCAAUUCUUUCUAUUUAUAAGCCAUAAUUUAAAAUCUGGACACACUAUGCUACACUAAAUAAAAGAUUUUAUUGUACACUUUUGCCACAGUUUAAAAACUCGACAACGGUGGCAAUCAAAUUCGUAAAUUGUGUAAUGGAAAACUAUAUAUACUGUAAUAAAAUCUUUUAUCUAGUGUUGAAUACUUUUUAGUUUUCGCUAGUAAUGAAUACAAUGUAUUUAUGAAAAUGCAAUGGUGGCGGUAGUGUGCAUAGGAAUUAAGAAGUUAUCAUAUGAAUCCUGAAAGUUUCUUCAUUUUUCGAUAAUUAGUUUCGGCUUUUGCUAGCAGAUGCUGGCCACGGCGAAUGCAUAGAAUAUGUUUUAAAAAAAAAUUCUUAAUGCUUUUCUACUAUAUAAAAAUAAAACACAUUUAUAUAUCUUCA